AUGUCUGUCUCCAACAGUCGCGACACGUUUCUCUUUAAGUACUUCUUGUCUGCAUCAGCCGCAGUUGUAGCAGAAGCAGUGACCUACCCAUUGGACCUGACAAAGACCAGACUUCAGAUCCAGGGGGAAAUAGGUCACACUUUGCAUGGAGCAAACAAACUGAAUCAGCAACAGCGUGGCAUGAUAGCCACAGCUGUUGGAAUAGUAAAAGAGGAAGGGUUGAGGAAACUAUGGCAGGGUGUUACCCCUGCUCUCUACAGACACGUCAUCUAUACGGGCUGUCGAAUGAGUUUCUAUGAAGCACUCAGAGAUAAAGUGUUCAAGAGAAAUACUGAUGGAUCUUUUCCAGUGUGGAAAGCUUCUGUGUCUGGUCUGUUGGCUGGUGCUAUGGGACAGUUUUUUUCCAGUCCCACUGAUUUGGUCAAAGUUCGAAUGCAGAUGGAGGGGAAAAGAAGGCUGGAGGGCAAGCCUCCCAGAGUCAAAAACACAGGCCACGCAUUUCGGCAGAUUCUGGCUGAGGGAGGCGUACGUGGCUUAUGGAGAGGUUGGGUUCCCAAUGUACAGAGGGCUGCACUGGUUAAUUUAGGAGAUUUGGCAACCUAUGACACAGCCAAGCAUGCAAUAUUGUCCAGGACAGGUUUAGAAGACAAUCAUGUCACACACACACUAGCCAGUGCCUGCUCUGGACUGGUUGCGGCUCUCAUGGGGACACCUGCUGAUGUCAUCAAAUCUAGAGUCAUGAACCAGCCCACUAAAGAUGGCAAGGGUCUGCUGUACUCAGGAUCGGUGGACUGUCUGUUGAAAACUGUCCGACAGGAAGGCUUCCUCUCACUCUACAAAGGGCUGCUACCAAUAUGGACAAGAAUGGCACCAUGGUCACUAGUGUUUUGGCUUUCAUAUGAAGAAAUGAGGAAAAUAUCUGGUACGUCAUCCUUCUAA